CAGCGGGAACUCGGACCAGGCGCUAUCCUUCCUCGCCGUCUCUCGUCGUGGCCGCGAGUCCUGAGCCGGCGGAGCCGGUGCUCACCAUGUCGGUCGCGCUCGGCAACAGGUUCCAAGGAGGGAAGGCGUUCGGUUUACUCAAAGCCCGGCAGGAGAGGAGGCUGGCGGAGAUCAACCGGGAGUUUCUCUGUGACCAGAAGUACAGUGAUGAAGAGAACCUGCCAGAAAAGCUUGCAGCCUUCAAAGAAAAGUACAUGGAGUUUGACCUGAACAAUGAAGGCGAGAUUGACCUGAUGUCUUUAAAGAGGAUGAUGGAGAAGCUUGGUGUCCCCAAGACCCACCUAGAGAUGAAGAAAAUGAUUUCAGAGGUGACAGGUGGGGUCAGCGACACCAUUUCCUACCGAGACUUUGUGAAUAUGAUGCUGGGGAAACGGUCGGCCGUCCUCAAGCUAGUCAUGAUGUUUGAAGGAAAAGCCAACGAGAGCAGCCCCAAGCCAGUUGGCCCCCCUCCAGAGAGAGACAUUGCUAGCCUGCCCUGA